GAGAGGAUGAGCAGCUGUGCCACGAACGAUAUGUCUGAUGCCCACAACAGCCCUCUCUUGGCAGAGUCUUCAUCUGAGUCUGAGUUUAUGAAUCCCAGGUGGUCCACCAGGUCCCAAGACCCCCACCCAGGCCUGCCUCUUUUGGAAAUGCCAGAGGAACAGACUCUUCGAGCUGCCAUGGAGACCAGCCCCACGGUGAAAAUCGAAAAGCCCGGAGAAAAAAACAAACGGAGAGAAAAUGUGAUGAUGAAGCAGAACACAACCAGCCCAAGUGGCAUCAGUAUCUUCAGAGCUAUGGGCUACCUUACCGGAGAGAUGAAAGAGUGCAGCAACUGGCUGAAAGAUAAGCCUGUAGCUCUUCAGUUCAUUGAUUGGAUCCUUAGAGGGACGUCCCAAGUGAUGUUCGUCAAUAACCCCCUCAGCGGGCUUAUCAUCCUAGCUGGACUCUUGGUCCAGAACCCCUGGUGGACCCUGGCUGGGGGCUUAGGGGCAGUGGUCUCAACUUUAACUGCUCUGGCUCUAAACCAAGACAGAUCGGCCAUUGCUUCAGGACUUCAUGGCUACAACGGGAUCCUGGUGGGGCUGCUGAUGGCCGUGUUCUCAGAAAAACUGGAUUAUUACUGGUGGCUCCUGUUUCCAGUCAUUGUGACAUCCAUGGCCUGCCCGAUUCUUUCAAGUGCCUUGGGCUCCAUCUUCAGCAAAUGGGACCUUCCUGUCUUCACAUUGCCUUUCAACAUUGCCGUGUCCUUGUAUCUGGCGGCCACAGGACACUACAAUCUUUUCUUCCCCACCACCCUGGUGCGACCUAUAUCAGCAAUGCCCAAUAUCACCUGGUCCGAAAUCGAAGUGCCUUUGCUGCUGCAAGCCAUCCCAGUCGGCGUAGGCCAGGUGUUCGGCUGUGCUAAUCCCUGGACUGGUGGGGUGUUUCUAGUGGCCUUGUUCGUAUCCUCUCCACUCAUUUGCUUGCACGCUGCCAUCGGCUCAGCGGUGGGGAUGAUAGCAGCCUUGACUGUGGCCGCCCCCUUUACCACCAUCUACGUAGGUCUUUGGAGUUACAACUGUGUCCUUGCCUGCAUCGCUAUUGGAGGAGUAUUCUACGCUCUCACCUGGCAGACACAUUUGCUGGCCCUUGUCUGUGCGCUGUUCUGCGCCUAUAUGGGAGCGGCCCUCUCUAACAUGAUGUCAGUGGUUGGAUUGCCCACCUGUACCUGGCCCUUCUGCCUCUCGACCCUCACCUUCCUGUUACUGACGACCAACAAUGCUGCCAUCUACAAGUUACCUCUCAGCAAAGUCUCCUACCCAGAAGCCAGUAGAAUGCAUUACCUGAUGAUGACAGGAACAGAAGAGAAAAACCCCUCGGGUUUUGCAUUAGGUGGUGCUGAGGAGCUACCCUCUCCUGGGGUUGAUGCUGAUGAGCACAAAGAAGGUUUUCUCUUCAAGCCCAGGAGCGUGUUCCACAUCGAAUGGCAAUCUAUUAGGAGGAGAAGUAAAGUAUUUGGAAAAGCUGAAUACCAAGAGAGGCAGACGAAAGACCAAUUUCCUUAUUCAUACAGAAAAUCGAAACAAGAAUUGCUUGACUUUGAAGGUACUGUGAAGGACAGCACCUCAGUUAAGGUGGAAACUGGCAAUCCCAAGAGUUCCAGAACCCCAAGCUCCACGAGCCCAAGAAAAGAGAGAGUCAGUCAGGCCUUCAGUUACAUCACAGGAGAAAUGACGGCAUGUAGAGAAGAACUUAAAGACAAGUCCGCAAUGAUCCAGUUCCUUGAUUGGGUCCUACGGGGUACCUCUCAGGUCAUGUUUGUCAACAAUCCUCUCAGUGGCUUUAUCAUGAUCCUUGGGCUCUUGAUCCAGAAUCCCUGGUGGGCAAUGUCAGGCUGCCUGGGAACUGCCGUCUCCACUUUAACAGCCCUGAUGCUGAGCCAAGACAGAAGAGGCAUCGCAUCAGGACUCCAUGGCUACAAUGGGAACCUGGUCGGAUUGCUGAUGGCUGUAUUCUCCGAGAAAGGGGAUUAUUACUGGUGGCUUCUGCUGCCCGUCACGAUUAUGUCCAUGUCAUGCCCAAUUCUUUCGAGCGCUUUAGGCUCCAUCUUCAGCAAAUGGGACCUUCCUGUCUUCACAUUGCCUUUCAAUAUCGCCAUGUCCUUGUAUCUGGCGGCCACAGGACACUACAAUCUUUUCUUCCCCACCACCCUGGUGCAGCCAAUAUCGGCAAUGCCCAACAUCACCUGGUCCGAAAUCCAGGUGCCCCUGUUGCUGAGAUCCAUCCCCGCUGGAGUCGGUCAGGUUUAUGGCUGUGAUAACGCCUGGACCGGAGGCAUUUUCCUGUUGGCUUUGUUUAUAUCCUCCCCGCUCAUAUGCUUGCAUGCUGCCAUUGGCUCCACUGUGGGGAUGUUAGCAGGACUUACCUUGGCCACGCCGUUUGACACAAUCUACUUUGGCUUGUGGGGCUUCAACAGUGCUCUGGCUUGUGUAGCAAUAGGAGGAAUGUUCUAUGUCAUCACCUGGCAAACACAUCUUCUGGCAAUUGCCUGUGCAUUCUUUUCAGCUUAUCUAGGAGCUGCUCUUACCAAUAUGAUGUCUGUGUUUGGAUUGCCCGCCUGUACCUGGCCCUUCUGCCUCUCUACACUCACCUUCCUGUUACUGACGACCAACAACGCUGCCAUCUGCAAGUUGCCGCUCAGCAAAGUCUCCUACCCAGAAGCCAACAGAAUAUAUUAUCUGUCCCAGGAAAAGGGCAGAAGGGCCUCUUUAGUAACCAAGUAUCAGGCAUAUGUGGUUUCCUAA